AUCCUGUUCAUCCACAUGGUGAUCAACGACAGCGCUCAGCUGAGCUUCAGCGUGACCCUGUUCCUGCUCAGCUACAUCGUCUUCCUGAUCCCGGUGCCCCUGUGCUGCGUCUUUCUCCUGCUGACGGUUUUCAGCACCAGGAACACGCCCCUCAACCUGGCCGCCAUGGCGGUGGAGCGCUACGUGGCCAUCUGCAGGCCUCUCCGGCACCAUCAGCUGUGCACGGCCGGGAGGACCUACCUGAUGGUGGCGCUGAUCUGGCUGGCGAGCGUGGCCCCCGACCUCAGCGACCUCUUCGUCACCCUGGCGGGCGAGCCGCCGGGCUUCUUCCGGGGCUCCGUCUUCUGCCUGCGCGCCAACGUCUUCCCCGACCCCGUCAUGACCCACAAGCGCGUCGCCUUCGACUGCUUCUACUUCCUGUGCGUCUUCCUGACGCUGACGUUCACCUACGUGAAGAUCCUGAGGGCGGCGCGCUCGGCCUCGGCCCGCAGCGGUCUGGCCGAGAAGGCCCGCAACACGGUGCUGCUGCACGGAGUCCAGCUGGCCAUGUGCCUGCUGUCCUACGUGUCGCCCGGCGUGGAGCUGCUGCUGCUGCUGCUUUUCCCGGCCCGCACGCGCGAGAUCCGCUACGUGGGCUACCUCCUGGUCAACGUCCUGCCCCGCUUCCUCAGCCCCGCGGUCUACGGCCUCCGCGACGACAAGUUCCGCAGGUACUUCGACCAGAUGCAGAGGUCCUGCUGGGCGCCGCGCAAGGCCAGGAGGCGGCCGCCGGGGGGAGCCCUCGGCUGACGACCAAAAAAAAAAAAAAAAAUAAUAAUAAUAAUAAUAAAAAUGACCUGUUCCAUAAAUAAAAGGUCGAUUUGAUCUUCACCGGAGUUAUGUUCCAUUUUCCACGUGGAUAUUUUUGCCAUUAAUGCGC